AUGUCUCGACCAGUAUCCCGUCCCAACUUCCUCCAACCAGCCCGGUCUGCUCCGGCCCCGGCAUCGGUAACCAACACCAAUGUCACUGCCGCUAUGGUAUCCGUCCCCAGCGAUGUUGACCCUGACAUUGACGGUCCGGAGUAUCAUGAUACAGAACACAGACCAGGUCCGGGGUCAGUAACAGGCACAGCAGCAUCAACAACCAGUUCAACAGCCACCCAUACAACCGGGCGCGCCUCCUCAGCUUUCUCCCUCCCAUUUUUUGCAGGGUCAGCAGCGUCAAAGAGAUCGACUGCUCCGACGGUAUCAUCAGUUUCAACGUUUUCGACAUUGCCGGGGCAGGUGGUUCCUGUUCCGAACGUUCAUGCGCAGGCUUAUACAGGGCAGCAAGUGUCGGUGCCGGCGUCGACUUCGGGGGCGUCGACGAGGACGGAGAGGACGGCAACUACGGGUACGGGGUCGUCAACUUCUGGUGCUUCAACUACGACAACUACGGCAACUACUAAUGCGAGAAGAGCUGCACCUGGUUUCCCACCCCCAUCACAAACCGCGCCAACCUCCCGAUCCGGAGCCGGAGUCACCCACGGACAACAAGCCCCCCAAACACCCCGCACCCCCAACACCAUCACUUCUACCACCUCUCCCCUCACCUCUUGUACCAACACAGGAACCCUCCCCAUAGCCCAAGCCCGCACCGCCGUCCUAGCCUCCAUCUCCAACCUCCUCGACCGCGAACUCACCGGCCGCGCCUCGUUACUCCAUCAAAACCACAACGCUAUCCUCAAACAAGAGAGGGAGAUGUCCAAAGCGGUAGAAGGGUUCAAAAAGGACAACGACAAGCUGGAAAGGCUAGCGAGGGAGGGGACGAAAAGGUUGAAAGAAGUGGGGGACGUGCAGAACUGGGCGGAGGUUUUGGAGAGGGGGUUUUUGAGGGUUGAAGAGACUAUUAGGAGGGCAAAUGGGGAGUAUGGUGAUUAUAGUGGUGAGAGUGGGAGUUGGACGGGGAGCGGUAGCUGGAGUGGUAGUGGGAGUUGGGGUGGGAGUGAGAGGGGGGAUGGGGAUGAGGGCGAUGAUGGGGAGGGUAAGCGAGGAGAGGUCGAGGAUGAUAAAGUCAAGAGGGAGAGCGGGGGGCAGCAAGGUCGAGUGGAAGGGAAUGAAAGUCAUAGUGUUGAGGAAGGAGGAAAGGGGGCCACUGAGGUAGAGGGUGGCAACGAUGAUAAGAGAGAAGAAGUGGUAACAAGAGACGCUGAAGGGGACAUGGUCAUGACCACUGAAGAUGAUGUCCAAGAGAGACAUACGAGACUUGACAAGGGAAAAGGAAAGGCGGUCGAUGAUACGAUACCAGACCCUUCGAAGGUGCCUCUGCCUCAGUCACCGGUAUUCGGUGGCGGCGCUCAGUUCCUUAGCUUAACGCCCACAGCGGUCUGA